AUGCCUCAACGAUCAUUCUUUCACCAAGUGCAGUCUGUCUGGGACCAUCUGACACGUCGUCGAGAUUUUCGGAGGCCUCGUCGUUAUGCAGAUAUCGCAGCCGCUCAACGCCGAUCCCAAACUCUGGACAGUCGCUCUCACGUAGACGAUUUUAUUGUGUCUUUUGGGCAGUUCGUGAGAGAAGGUGGCCGUCUUAGUGCUCGUUCGACUGCUGGCACAGCACAUAUUCCACUUGAUGCAGAUGACUUUUCGGACCAACACUUGAUCGACUGCUCUAUCAACCGUUCGACUAUCCAUUGUGACCCGCCAGAAGAGACCGUGAAGAUUCCGGUUGUUCGUUGUGCUACAUCUCACCCUGACGCCCCUGUCGAUGGACAAGAAGUCGAUCAUCCGUACCUACCCGGCGAUGAAUCGUACCCCCUGAUCCAUACUCAGGGCCGUAUAAUCAAUGCCGAGCUGUUUCAAGAGCCUCGACGUCUUUAUCGAGUCAAUGCCAAAGGUCAAGAAUUCUUUAUCCCCAUCGACACCUUUAUUUCGCAGCCAGGCUAG